CACGCUGCGACGAAGAAGAAGACGAACACGAUGUGGGGUGCGAUGCGUGGUGGCGGUGGUGGGUUGAUGGGAGGUGGUGGUACGGGCGGUGGUGGGUUGAUGGGAGGCGGUGGUCAACAUCUGCAGCAACAGCACCAGCUCCAGCAGCAGCAGCAUCAUCAUCUGCAACAACCGUGCUUCCAACAGCAACAGCAGCGGAUGUUCCAACAGCCACAGCAAUCAUUCCAACAACUGCAGUUUGGUCAGCCUCUUCAACCUCAGCAGCAGCUGCAGCAGCCACCACAGCAGCCGUUCAUGAUGGUGCAGCAGCAGCCGUUUGUGUCAUCACAACCACAGCAACCGCAAACGUUCGUGCCAUCGCAACCACCGCAACCACAGCCGAUGGGAUAUGCUGCGGCGUUUGUUCCAACACCCAUGAGUGGUGCGCCGAUGACAACCUCGACAUCGGGUCGACAAGGGCUCAUGCCGACGCCGCCCACACCAGCAAAGCCUGGCCUCAUGCCUUUGCCACAGCAAUUACAGCAGCAACAGCAGAUGCCACAACAACCGAUGACGCAGCAACAGACGCCGCAGCAUCAGGCCUUUCAGGCGUGGCCCACAGCAGGUGGGGUACAGUUUCAACAGCAGCAGCAGCAGCAGCAGCAGCAGCAGCAGCAGCAGCAACAGCAGCAGCAGCAGCGUUACCAACAGCAGCAUGGGCAGCAGCGACAAGCAAAUAACCAGCGACGAAGAAAUCAGCCUCGUCGCAAGCAACAGCAGCAGCGCAAGCGAGACCAACGACAAGGCCAAAUCGCCUCGUCGACCAACACGUUGCCCGCAGCUGCUGUGCAAGCGUCGACAAGCGCAUCAACAAGUGCCUCCAGCAGCAGUGCAGCCUUGACCAGCGUCAAGCCUCGCAAGGAGAAGAAGAAGAGUGCUCCCAACAUCCUUGGAAUUGGCGGCAGCGACACAGAUUCAAGCUCUGACGACAAUGACGACAACAACAGCGACGACGAUGGGAACGGGGAUGGUGGCGAUGCAGCGUACGUUGAUGAGGAGGCGCUUGCAGCCGCCGCGGUGAAUCGCGAUGGCGGCGGUGGGGGCGGGAAGAAGCAGUGGAAGUACGACCCGAAGGAGAUUGAGGAGUGGCGUGCAGCACGACGCAAAAACUACCCCACGGAUGCCAACAUGCAGCGCAAGCAGCAGCAGGAGCAGGAGAAGGAGCAGAGCGGGAAUGUGGCCCGCGCAACCGAAUUCAAAUAUGCGGGCAAAGGGCGAGUCGUUGGGCGGUCGACAGGUCCGCGUGUUGCACCGCUGCCGGAAGAGGCGGCGACGCAGCUCGUGGCCUCUAUUCAAUAUGACGCGGCCGCGCUCAUCACAGAUGCAGACGGCGCUGCUGUCCCAGAUGAGUGCCGAAGCGAUGUGGCCCCGCCCCUCCCGCCGAAAUACAACAACGACGAUAACAGCAGUGGCCAUGGUGGUGAUGGUGAUGGUGGUGGAGGAGCUGUCAGUCACGAGCGCAGUCGUCGCCAACACCGCCGCCACGCUGACGACAAUGAUAAUGCACUGCCGCCAAAGAAGAGCAAAUCCCUCAUCCAGACCACAGUCAACAAACCCACCCUCCUGCGAAUGCUGCUCGACACGGAAAUCCGGCAGGAAACAAACAUCAUUCUGCAGUGCAUUCAACACGCCAUCACCCACAACUUCUAUCAAUCACAACCAUCCACAUUGUCAUCCAGCGCAAACGACACCGCUUGA